AUGGAGACUCGCUCGGCCGAGGAGGACGCGCGUGUGCGCGUCAUUGGCGACUACCAAUACCGCCUCAAGGAUUGCCUCGGUCACGGUAGCUUUGCCGAGGUUUAUCGCGGCCAGCGCAACGAUGGCCUUCCCGUCGCCAUCAAGCGCAUCGUGCGUGGUAAACUCAAGAAGAAAAAAGCCCAAAGGCUCCUCGAGCAGGAAAUUCAAAUUCUUCAGGCGAUGGACCAUCCCAACAUCAUGAUGCUCUAUGAACGCAUCGAUACACGUGACGACAUUUGCCUCGUCACUGAGUUCUGCGAGGGCGGUGACUUGUCCGAGUACAUUGAGAAGCACGCCCCUCUCGAAGAAAAUCUCGUCGCCGAUUUUACUCAACAGCUCAAUGCGGCCUUGACCUACUUGCGUUCGCGCGACGUGGUUCACCGUGACCUCAAACCACACAAUGUCUUGCUGUCCAAGACGCCAUCGGGCAAGAUUAUUUUGAAGUUGGCGGAUUUCGGUUUUGCGCGCAUUUUGGGUGAAGAUGAUUUGGCCGCCACCUUUUGCGGCAGUCCACUCUACAUGGCGCCUGAAGUCUUGGAUCGGGAUGCCUAUUCAGCCAAGGCUGAGCUUUGGUCCCUGGGAGUCAUCUUGUUCUCGUGCGUCACGGGACACCCACCCUUUCGGGCUCAAAGUUUGCCGGCGCUGCGCGCCCAAAUCAAGAACCCACACCUCAAGCCCGACAUCCCUGCCUCCACCUCAACGGACCUAGCCGAUCUCCUCCUUCAGCUUUUGCAGGUGGACCCGGAACACCGCAUGACUCUUGCCGAGUUGGCCCGACACCCCUUUGUGCGUCGUGCAGCACAUGGCACCGAUGCUCAGCAUCAGACGCGCAGCAGUGCCGACCUCUCCGCCGAAGCUGUGCCUCUGCCGAGCUCGUCCCAUCCAGGCUCGGAUCGAGAGGGCGUCGAUGAAGCCGCCUCUGGCUUGGCCACUCCGACGCCGAGCGAAGGUGCAUCAGCCACCCAUGCGUCUGGAGCUGAGCCUGGUCUCAUUCGCGGUAGCACGGAUGGCAGCGACGCAACCGGACUGCACGCUUCUCAUUCGGCACAUUCCAGCAACAAUGACUAUGUGAUCUUGGACGAAAUGUCUGUGAACCUGGGCAUGAUCAACGAUGCCAUGGCUGGCAACAUGUACCGCAGCCCCAGUGGCGUGCGGCGCCUUGGUCCCUUUGCCUUUGGCAGUGCUCCGGCUGCUGCCCAGCCCCCGCCCUCGCCAUCCUCCAUCACGACUCUGGCCGAGUUUCAGGCUCGGGUUGAGCAACUGGUGAAACCGGCGAACGUGGUCAUUCAGCUGGCACGAACACGCUGUCCCUUGGAGGAGCUAGACGCGUCAACGGAGAGCGCCAGCAGCAGUCACGCAGGCGACCUGCGCCCUGGCCAGUCUCACUGCGAGGCGUUUUUGUUGCUGCGUAAAGCCAUGAACAUUUUUCGCACUGGCAUGCGCUCCCUGCGCUUUGCUGUGCAAGACCAUCCCGAGUGGUUAAGAGACGCCCGCGUGAAGACACAAAUGGAGAUUCUGGUAGACUCGUUCCGCUUUUGCCUGCGCGAGACGGAGCGUCUGCAAGCCUUGAACGUGGGCGCGCUCCUCGCCCAGCUGCCAUCGGUUCCCUCAGCCGAGCAGUUGCUGUACGAGUACGCCAUUCACCUUUGCCGUGAAGCGGUUGAGGCUGACAAACGCGGUCGCUACCGCUCCAGCUCCAACGAUUAUCGCGAGGCGCUCAUUUACUUUCGCAUUGUCCUGGAUUCGGCCCCGAUCGAGGAUCAACCGGUCAUUCAGCGAUAUAUCGCCCGCACCGAACAAUUGCUGGCCAAGGUUUAUGCCAAGCAAGAUGGCGUUGAAGACAUGGCACCGACCUCGGGCAGUGGCGCCGGGCCCGAGCAUCUGCUGCAGGAUGCCGUCGCGGGUGACGAGGACGAGACCGCCGCCCUGGCCAGGCGUGGCAUGUUCGAAGGCGGGCCGUCCGACGAGCUCACAGAGCAGUUGCGGGGCCUAUCGCCUUUCCAGUCACCUGUGCAGGGCUUGACGCGACAGGAUAUGCAGCGCAUCGCUCUGCAACAACACCCGCACGGGUUUAUGACAUCCAAUUCACCUCCUCUCUCGGGCUCGGGCUUGUCCCCGCCUCGUCUGGGCUACGAUAUGGGGUACGAUCCGAGCAUGGGCUAUGACAUGCCCCUAGAUUGGCAGGGCCACUCACCGCCUCAAGCCACUGUUGGGUGGCCCAUGCUCGAGGGGGCUGCAGCGGUGGCAGCGGGCACCCGCAUGUCACCACCCAUGGCCGCGGAUUUUGCUCUUGAAAAGUGCCCCAUGUGCCACGCACCCUUUGGUCCCGAGCAGCGCUUUUGCUCGCAAUGUGGAGCGCAGCGUCGAUGAGCUCGAAAUCGCAAAACACUGUCGCUGGCAAAGGUGCACUUGUUAUUGCCAUGAUGUGCGUCUCCAUCGGUCAAUUUUUUUUUUUUACCUUGGUGACCAGAUUGGCGGCCUAUCUUCUGUUUUCUUCUGUUAAUACGUUUCGUCUGCUUGUCUGCGCUUUCCCGUGCGGCGCGGUGGUGCAUUUGUCUGUCUCUGUGUUGUCUUUCUCCGUGUUGCUUGCCUUUUCACUGCUCUCGAUUUACAGCAGCUGUACAGCCUUUAGCGGAUAGCGCUUGUGCGGCUACCUCGGCGUCGACUUUGAUCCCGUGUCAUUUGUGUUUCCUAUUCCUGCGGGUGUCACGAGGCCGCGCCUCGCUCGUCUCCUCGGGAAGUGUUGUUGUGCUCAAUUGUGAACGGCGCUUGCCUCGCUCCUCUCUGAACUAUAUGAAUGCCUCUUAAU